AUGGAUGGCCGCGGCGGCCCCCGGGCGCAGUGGCCCGUGCAGCCGGACGCUGCGGCCAGAGCUGUCAGCGGCGUAUUGCCGACGCCGCGCGGCCACGCCGAGGAUGAGGCGCCCGGCGCCUCGCAGUUGCGGCUGCCGCUGGGCGCGCUGCGCGGCACCCGCGGGGCAGUGGUGCUCAAGAUGUACGAGGAGGACCUCGCGCUGGAGGGCUCCAUAGCCUCCCCGCCGAAGGCCCACUCGCACGGCUGCAUCUCGCCCGCCAACCUCGACCUGCACCGCCUGCAGCUCGACCGCCGCGUGGCCGCGGUGCAGGAGCGCGUGGCGCAGGAGGCGGAGGUGCCGCUGGCGCAGGGGAGGCUGGCGCUGCUGGGGCUGGCGCUGGUGGCCGCGGUGAGGGCGCUGUCGUGGUGGGAGGGCACGCAGCCUGGGUACUCCUCACGAUGCCUUCGGCAAUAA